CCUCGAUGGUUUGACACCUCUAAUGCGUUAGUUUAGUCGGGUCGGGCAAGAAAUUUUAAUGAUUCUUGCAAUUAUUCAACGUUACGUUUGCUACCCACUUGAUUGCAUGCGCCACGGCAGCAGCAACCGCGAAACCCCUCAACGACGAUCGCACAUUGGCCCCGCACUCGGCCACAAACUUGUGGCGAGCAAAGAAACCCAAUCGGCAGACACCGCAGAGCAACAUUUCGUCGAUGCCUAGUCGUGUCUAGUUGUGCGUGGAGGUGGAGCAACAGCAGCAGUGUCAAUUAGUAGUUUCGCGUACUCCCAUUCAUACAUCGCCACACCACCCAGUUCCCCCCCCACUUGCGGGUCCGUGUUAUACAACAAAAUUUCCCAGUGCUCCUACUACGCCGGCUAAUUCUAAACGUAUAUGUAUGUUGUCCUUUGGGCCAGAGGUUCAACCAGACCAGAAAUCGGAAUCUAAUCAGUCCCGGCCCCGGCCUUCAUGUGCGUGCGAUCGAAAUAAUUAACUGUGCGUCGUGUAAAGCCCUAUCAGCUGCUCGGUGCAAAUAGCUCAAAUAGCUGCGAAAUCAGAGAAAGCACACAGGCAGGCCAGGCCAGCCAAAGCAAAAGAAACGCCAAGCCAAUAACAAGCAGUGCGUGAGUCUCCUGUUUCGCUUGCACUUGCCACUGGACGAACAUAACUGGUUGGAGCUUGCGGAGAGUAAUAGAAGAACCCAUUGCAAGGGCAGCCAACGCCACCAGCCAAACCAUGAAUAUCGACGACUACGAGAGUUUGCCGACGACCAGUGUCGGCAUAAAUAUGACGGCAGGCGCCAUCGCUGGCGUGCUGGAGCAUGUGGUCAUGUAUCCGCUGGACUCUGUUAAGACGCGUAUGCAGAGCCUUACAUCAGCACCCAACAUGAACAUAAUGUCGACCUUUCAGAAUAUGAUCACACGUGAGGGUUUAAUGAGACCCAUUCGUGGAGCCAGUGCUGUGGUUGUGGGCGCAGGACCCGCGCAUUCCCUCUACUUUGGUGUCUACGAGAUGACAAAGGAGACGCUCACUAAAUUCACAUCACUAAGCCACCUUAACUACGUGAUUUCUGGGGCAGUGGCCACGCUCAUACACGACGCCAUCUCCAAUCCCACGGAGGUGAUCAAGCAGCGCAUGCAAAUGUACAAUUCACCCUAUUCGUCGGUUAUCACCUGCAUGCGUGAUGUGUAUCGGAAGGAGGGCUUCAAGGCCUUCUAUCGCUCCUACAGCACCCAACUGGUCAUGAAUAUACCAUAUCAGACGAUACAUUUUACCACAUACGAGUUUAUCCAGAAUAAACUCAAUUUGGAUCGCAGAUAUAAUCCACCAGUGCAUAUGGUAGCGGGUGGUGCGGCGGGUGCCUGUGCAGCGGCCAUAACCACACCCCUAGAUGUAGUUAAGACGCUGCUCAAUACACAGGAAACGGGUCUAACAAAGGGCAUGAUUGAGGCCUGUCGCAAGAUUUACCACAUGGCUGGGCCAUUGGGUUUCUUCAAGGGAAUGACAGCUCGUGUCUUGUAUUCGAUGCCUGCGACGGCCAUUUGCUGGUCCACAUACGAGUUCUUCAAGUUCUAUUUGUGUGGCCUGGAACGUGAUCAAUACAAAUCGUCAAUUACGGGUCGCUCCGAGCUGCAAGAGCCCCGCAAAACGGCCUAUGUAUUGCCAAAGAGCACAACCGAUGAUGAGGAUCCGUCAUUGGCGACCGAAUCUUUGGCCGUGGAUGCCGCCACGCAGAAAGAUGCCGCUGUCCUGCAUCCGACGCCGCCCACGGUCAAUGCAGCUGGUGCCAUUAAAACGGUCUGUGAACUGUCCACACGCACGGCUGCGCCCACCAUUAAUCUGCACACGAGGCACACGGAAGUGAAGAGCCCCUAUGAGCGGGGAUUUUCCAGCACGUAGACUGUGCGCAAGGACGUGGCCGCAAGCGAGGCGGCCAGCGUUCGACACAUUUGCAGCGGCGACAGCUAAAA